UAUGUUAGGAGGAAAUUUAGAAAUACUUAUCAACUUCAAUUCAUUUCGAAAUAUCGAUCUAUUUGAUUAAGGAUAUUAUGCAUUAAAAGUAGAAAUGAGUUCAGAAAAUGCAGAAGUUGUAUAACCUUAUCUUGUAUUAUCAUAAUCUGGAGAUAAAUAUGAAGAGUCUAUUUAAGAUUCAUAGUUUUGUUCAAAAGUAUUUGAUAUUUAGUAUUCUGAAUAAUACAUUCAAUUAGAUAAUGCUUGUUUAUUUAGAAUACUUUAUUAAGCUCAUCCAAAUAAAAAUACAGCAAUUAAAGUGAAUGUAGGUUUAUUAUAUAGUUAAACAUUGGAAGGUGAAACUCCAAUUUUAUCAAUGUAAUAAGUUAGUAAUUUUGAAUGUAUAAUUAACAAUGCAUGUGAAGGAGUAUAAUAAGGAGUGGAUGUUAUUUUUGAUAAUAAUCAUCUAUGUACAACUAGGAUGUACAUAUAUACAAUGAUAUUGGAUUAUAGAUACACAGGAGGAGUAAAUGGAUUUUAGGAGUUUUUGAAGAUUAAAACAAAUGAUUGUAAUACAUUCUAUCUAAAAUUUUAGUUGAUUAAGAAGAAGUCAAUCGAUUUAUAGGAGAAUAUGUAGAUUCUCUUGGUUCCAUAUAAACCAAGUAUCGUAAUUUAUUAAUAUAAAUCAUAAAUGAAUUGAAAGAUAAGAAUAUAUAAAUGUAAAAUUUAAUGAGGAUUCCAAUUGUUUAGACAGCCAAAUUCAAAGCUAAUUUAUAGACAAAAAGUUUAGGAGAAGAUUGUUUAAUGAUAAUCAAUUAAUUAGGAUAGUCAUUAUUUUAAUUGUGGAAUUAAUUUUAAUAAGUGCUUAAAUAUUCAAGGAAUUAUCUAUUAGAAUGUGUAGAUUAAAGAUUGUUAUAAAAUUGUAAGAAACUUUCAUCAGAAUCAGUCAUUUCGAAUUAGGCUACUUUUGAAGAAAUUUAAACAUAAAUAUCUUUACCAUUACUUAAAUAAAGAGAAGAGAUUUGGAAUCAGGCAAGAAAAAAUUCAAAAAAUUAAACACCAAAUAUUUAAUUAUUAGAUUAAUUCUACACAUUACCUAUUACUUUACCUUUCUUUUUUGAAGAUGUAGUUUCAUCAUAAUAAAUUAUAACUUAAUUUCAAUAAAAUUAAUAAAAUAGAAAACAUGUUCUUGUAUUAGUUCAUGGAUAUUAAGGUACUUCAGCUGAUUUAUAAACUUGGAAAAGUUAUUUAAAAAUUAAAUUUCCAAAUCAUUUAAUAAUCUAAUCAGAAAUUAAUUAAGAUGAUACAGAAGAUAGUAUCACUGUGAUGGCUUAAAGAUUGGCUUAAGAAAUAUAGAAAUAAAUUAGUGAUAGAACUCAUUAAAAAUAAUAAAUUUCAAUAUCAUUUGUUGGUCAUUCUUUAGGAGGAGUCUUGAUAAGAUGUGCACUAUAACAUUUAAGUAAAUAUUAAGAAUGUAUGCAUACAUUUAUUAGUUUGGGUUCUCCUCAUGUUGGAUUAGGAAUCUAAUAAUCUACAUUAAUUGAUGCAGGAUUAUGGUUUAUGAAAGCAUUUAAAAAAGAAGAUUAAAGAAUAUGUUUAAAUCAAAUGACUUUAUGUGAUGAAAAAGAUAUUUCAAAGACCUUUUUCUAUAAAUUAUCACAGAAUUCUAAAUUUGGAUGGUUUAAGAAUGUGAUUUUGGCAUUUUCACUCUAAGAUAAUUAUGUUCCAUUCUCAUCAGCUAGUUUAACUCGAAUCAAAGAAUAAGGGUAAAAAACUUAUUUUAUAUUUCAUAGUGAAAGAGCAAUUGCUCAUAACCAAAUGGUAGAUUAAUUGUUUCAUUAAAUACCAUCUACUUUAAUUAAAACUUCUGUAUUCUUUCCCAAUAUGAAAAAUAAUCUUGACAAAAUGAUUGGUCGUGCAGCUCAUAUUGAAUUUAUUGACAACAGCAGCUUUAUUAGACUGUUUAUUGAUUAUUAUUAUGAAUAUUUAUUAUGA